CAGCAAUAGAUCAUCCCUCGUUCUACAGGAGAUUGCGAGCGGUUCAAGUCAACGCAGGUGAAGUUUCUCCAUGGCUUUGACCAAUUUUAUGGAAGAAGGAGACACGCGUUACACCUAUUUCUUGAGAUAUGAAUUCAAGCAGUUCCCUACAGUCCCACGACUCAACUUGGAAGCACCUAAAAAUGCAGCAGCUGCAGUCCCACACGAGCUUGCAGCCGAGGGUUCUCGUAUACGGAAUAAGGUGUCUGACUAUAUCAACGCGCAGAGUAUGCUCGCCGGUACUGCAUACGCUGAGCAACUGAUUUUAGAGUUGAACUGCGCUGCUCAAAUCAAUCGUGGUCCUGAAGGUGUCUUCGAAUCAUCACGUCUUCAUUGGGAUAUGAUCCUCGUAUUGAUGACUUCCAUCAAAAUGAAUCCAAUGCGACCCGGAGGGUCAGUGAUGAGGGCGAAUCCACUGCACAUCACAUUCAAGAAUCCGAAUUGGCCUGCUAAUUUCAUCACUCCUGAGAAUGUACUGGAAUAUUUUUGCAACUCCGACAAUGCUUUUUACGAUAAGAGCUCCUGUAAUGAGAAUGUCCGCAUGCAGAACAUCUCCAGACCACUGGAGGAAUGCUUGCUCUCAAUGACGGGUAUACAGUACGUUUUAUGGAGUGCUCAGCCGCCGCUCUAUGUGAUUUGCAAGCAUCGUCGAAAUAACAUGCAGAAUGUCACCCCACUUGCAUAUUAUUAUGUCAUCAACGGGACAGUUUACCAGGCUCCAGAUGUGUAUACCUUUGUCCAAUCUCGUCUGCUCGGGGCUGUCGAACCGCUGAAAAACGCUUUCGAUCAAGUUAUACAGUACUCAAGAUACAAUGUUGCAAAAGGCUACUAUUGGCAAUUUGACAAAAAGCCUGCUACGAAAAAAGAGGAUGAAAAGUCGGAAGAAGAAAAGCCACUACAAGCUCGCAGUACACAUUUUCAAAAGACACGUACCCAGAUGUUGAUGCAAAACCUAUUCGAGCUAUUUCCAGCUGGGAAUUUGGUCAUUCCCCCUGAAGUAAAUGGUGAGAAUGCUUCGACAUCGCAAGCUAACGAAGGAAAUCCUGCAAAUCCUGGAACUCCGUCAACAAAACCAAAGGAAGAAAAGCAACAGAAAAUAGUAAAACAGUCGAAAACGGCAGCAAAGAAGUCUGUUGAUACAAGCAGUUCCAUGCACGAUCUUUGUUCUCUAACAUCUCAAAAUAGCGAGAUUUCCGUUCGUCCCUUAGAUUUUGCCUUUUUUUGA